UUUGGGGCAUCCUGAGGAUGUGCUUUUUAUACAAUAAGUGAGAGGUCCUGCAGGCCAUUUGGCCCAUCGAGCACAUGGCAGCUGGACGCCAAGACCAAAUUAGCAGGUCGCACUCUCUCUUCCUUUGGAGCCCUGCCAAAUUCUUUUCUGUUCAGGGAGGAGCUGAUCCAAUUUUUGAAAGCCCAGAUCCAACCUGCAUCCACCUUCAACAUGAUUUCAAACCAGCAUCCAUCGACACAGCAUGUGAAGGAGAUCUCGAAGUUGGGAAAGGGGAACAAAUCACAAUCACUUUUCCAAACAUAGAGGGUUCAACGCCACCUGUGUCGGUGUUUAAAGGCUCAAAGAGACCUUACCUGAAGGAGUGCAUUCUCAUUGUAAAUCACGACACCGGGGAAUAUCGACUGGAGAAACUUAGCAGCAACAUCACGGUGAAGAAAACCAGGGCGGAAGGAAGUAGCAAAAUCCAAUCUCGCCUUGAUCAGCAGACCAAUCGCCUGGGGCAACAAAUGCGCCUCAACGCCAGAGCCUCCUUUCAGCCAAAGAGUUCUCCUCCAAAGGAAAAAUUGUCACCAGCUUCUCAAAUGGAUGACAUUGAGCGAGAGCUGAUGGCAGAGGUUGGCACCAUGGACCAGAUGAGUACAUCGGACAGUUCAUCUGACUCCAAGGGCUCUUCAUCCUCUUCCUCAAGCAGUGAUAGCUCCAGUGAUUCUGAGGAUGAGACACUCAAACCUGCUGUACCACCAUCAGUGCCUUCCUCUCAUCCAGUUUCAAUGCCAUUAAUACUGCCUUCACUACCUCAGCAUCACACAUCAGCAGCAGAUGCUGUUAGCAACAGACCUGAGGAGUCUCUGAAUACAUUGCGAAGUGAUCUACAGCUAAGUGACUCUGGAAGUGACAGCGAUGAGUAAAGAAGCCUUCGAUAUGUGACUGCAGAGUCCGAGCUUGACUAUGCUAUAAACUUUUUUUUAAUGGAAACUAUGCCAAGAGGAAGGAACAAGAAGACAAUGGCCAUUGUUUGUGUGUGUGUGUGUGUGUGUGUGUGUGUCUGUAUUUGUACAUUCUGAUAAAUAUACUUUUAAUAAAGUUUUUGUAGCAGAAAACGGCUACUGCAAGAACUUGGAAGUAAUUAGUAUAAAUGAUGGUGAGUGAGUGAGUCUUGUAAGUUGAAAUGAAUUUAACUGUUCUCUGCCUUAAUGAUGUCUUGAGCAAUACUUGAUGUCGUAACUAAAUCAACUGAGGGUGCUCUUACCGCAGAGGAUCAGUAUCUGAUCAAUCUAGUUAGGAAGGAGCUUGUAUUUAUCACAGUUACAUUUGCUGUAAUCAGGCUGUGAGGUUUUCAAACAUUUUCUUGUACAGUCUCAAUGGAGGAGUUCCAUUGUGCGUGUGUAUGUGUACACAAAUGUGCAUAUAAAUAUCUAUACAUACACAGAUAUUUCUUUUAAUGGAAAGCACUUUAAGAAAAAAACAAAAAUAGAGAUUUUCUUUAGCUGUUUGCACUGUGAUCAGUUAAUUUAAGAUGAAAAUAACCAUGGCAGUUUGAUUACAGGUGUACUUUUCGUUUUUCCUUGAUCCAAGUGAUUGUCACUAGUAAAGUUUUUUUUUCUCUCUCUCGCUCUCUCUCUGCAGUGGAUGUUUAUACCAAACAUGAUACACUUUUAUUACAAAUGUAUUUAGUAAAAUAUUUAGCAAAGAGGGCAGCAUUACUUUCAGUUCAAUGUUUCAUGCACUUGGGGCUAAUUUUCUUUGCCAUUGAAAGUGCAUCUUGGAAAUUGGGCUCAUACCAUCUUGGACUUUUUCUGCCAUUUCAUUUGAGGUUGCUGAGUGGGGGGAGGGUGGAGGAAGAAAUGUCCACAAAUUUCUGGCCAGAGGUGUGAAAUCAUUAAAUGAGCCUCCUGGUCCCUCACCAUUCAAUGAAAUGUCAAGACUGCCUCAGCAUUUAGCAGCUCCACACGCCUUCUCUGCUUUAGCUAAGGAACGAUGUUGACGUGGUCUCUCCAGUAUUCAUACCCAUCUUGUGAUUGACAGAAAAGGAAAACCACCUUGCUUUUUGAAGAAGGAUGAACUCUGUUUUUCUCCACAGCUGCUGCCUGACCUGCUGAACAUUUCCAGCAUUUUCUGUUUUUAUUUAAGAUUUCCUGCAUCUCCUCCAGUGAUCUGUUCUUGAGAAAUAUUCCACCCAUUUCUUCACCAAUUCCCCAGCUGAUAUCUAGCCCCUGUUCUACAGUUUUCUAGGGCUGCACUUGUAAUAGCACACUAUCUCAAACCUCAAAGCAUUUCAUACAAUUGAUUUUCUUUGAAGUGCAAUGACUGGUUGUGUGGGCCAAAAAUUUCAUCUACUUUAGUUUAAGAUCUGCUUACGUCCAUUCCUUGUCUCAAACCCUGCGACUGAUGUGCGAAAGGGACAGGAGGGAUCUGUUUGUCCGCACAGCUUCAUGCGAGACAAGAAAAGUGUUGCGUGAGAUAAUUGAAUAUCAGAAUGUAAUUGUACGAUUAAUCAGAAAUAAAAUCUCUGGCGUUUG